AUGGCUCCAAAUAUCUAUGUCCUACGUUACUCUAUUCCGCCAGCUCAAAUCUACACUAACAAAUCUCCAGCCAUUUCCAGGAACCAUAGUGAGGUGGUUGAUGUUGAGAGUGAAUGUUGGAGUGAUGAUAGUGAGAUUGAGAAGUUGUCAAGGUCAAUGAGCAGUGGUUCUAGCAAAAUAUGGGACUCUGUAUCAGAUGACUCCGGUUACGAAAUGGAUGGCACUUCGGUGAUGCGAGAUAGGCUCGGUUACAUUGAUUUUCAGUACUUUGAAUCAGCUAAACCGCACUUGCGAGUUCCUCUUACCUCCAAGGUAAAUGAAUUGGCUGAGAAGUAUCCGGGACUUAUGACUCUAAGGAGUGUUGAUUUGUCUCCGGCAAGUUGGAUGGCCAUUGCUUGGUAUCCGAUAUACCAUAUUCCAUCUAGGAAGACCGAGAAAGACUUGAUGACGUGUUUCUUAAGUUAUCAUACUAUAUCUUCGGCUCUCCAAGGGAAUUUGGUAGAGGGAGACAAUGAGAAUAAAGAAACAUUGUGGUGUGAUGAUGAACCAGUGAUCAAGAGACUUCCUAUGGCACCUUUUGGUUUAGUUACCAACAAAUUGCAAGGAGACUUGUGGGAAAAUCAAGAAUCAUGUGACCUAGAACGGCUGGUUUAUCUUCGAAGUGCAGCGGAUUCUUGGCUGAAACAGCUUUAUGUUCAUGAUCACCAUGACUAUAGCUUCUUUUCCAUGAACAAGAGCUUGUCGUAG